GCAUAGAGCAAUUAAAUACAAUGCAAAAAACUGCAAAUACUACAAUUAUUGAAAAUGAAAACACACUAUUAUUAUCUCCAACUGGAAGUGGUAAAACACUCGCUUUUUUGUUGCCAAUUUUUCAAAAAUUAAAUCAGGAAAACAAACAAAUACAAGCUUUAAUAAUUACACCAACACGCGAAUUGACAUUACAAAUUGAACAAGUUUGGCGAAAAAUGAAAACCAAUUUUAAAGUAAAUGUGGCACAUGGUGGACAUGCAAAAAGUAUAGAAAAACAUAAUUUUAUUUCUCCACCAGCUUUGCUUAUUGGAACGCCAGAGCCAGCAAUCAUUUUUUGCAACCAUAGAGAAGCUGUAGAAAGAACUCAUUGGGAAUUAAAACAAAAAGGGAUAGAUUCAGUUUUUUAUCAUGGUGGAAUGGAGCAAGAUGAUAGAGAACUCGCUUUAAUUAAAUUUAGAAACCAAAGUGCCCAUUUUUUAGUUACUACCGACUUGGCUGCGCGUGGACUAGACAUACCCUCAGUAAAACAUAUUAUACAUUACCAUUUACCUAAUAAAGAGGAAGAU